AUGUACACCUGCACCUACACCUACAUCUACAUCUACAUCUACACGCUCUUCUCGAUGCUGGCCAACCUGCCGAUCGGCAUCCCGUACUGCGUCCCGUUCCGGGGCUACCACCUGGAGCACCACAAGUACCAGGGCAUCGAUGGCAUCGACACCGACAUACCCAGCAACCUCGAAGCCAGGUUUAUUCGGGGGCCGAUCACGAAGACCAUCUGGUGUUCGUGCCAGAUCCUCACGUACGCCCUGCGGCCGAUGUUCAUCAAGCCGCAGGAGCUCACGAUGAUGCACGUGCUGAACUGGGCCGUGCAGAUCGCUUUCGACGCCGCC